AUGGGAUCCCGUUUAAUCGGACCCGGUAUCAUCGAGAUUCGGUCUCUAGGUUACGACAUCGAGGCCCUAGAUAUCGAGCAUGAACUGACGCGCCGAGGCGUGGGGAUGAUUAUCAGCAAGCUGGAAAUCCCACCUGUCUACUAUGGCGAUGAGACUCUAUGGGUAGAUAUGCCACUCUCAUAUCGCGUUCUCGAACGCUGUCCAGAUGAACUUAUCGUACAGAUUUCGACAGAGUUGUGGUUUGUGGCGUAUGAGCUGUACGGCGACCCUCAUAGUUUGGCGAGACGCUUGAUUCCGUUCGAUGAGCACGCUUUCAAGAUUCUUCUUCUCUAUCGAUGCUGGGACAUCAUUUAUGACCGGACCGGCUACGGUAGAAUGCAUUUAGAUCCACGGCUUGGACUCUUUAUCGAUGGCAUAGCCGCGCCUAUAUACUUUGAUUACGACGAACUAUAUGACGAUUACGAUUUCGACGAUAACGACAGCAAUGGGAUCUACUCUGGCCCAAGACCCGAAGGACGCCGCUCCUGUAGACGUCACGAAGCCCAAGGUCAUUGUCAUUGUGGAGGCAAUGGGCCAGAACUCCUUGCUCGUCAAGGUCCUGCCCCCUCUGCAACCCUCGCUCUCGAUAACUUUCCUGUUGUUACUCCAUCUGACUCGCAGGCACGCGCUCCAUUACAAUUCGGGGGGUUCAGUAAUGCAAACAAUCCUUCAAUACCCAUGAACGAACCUCCGAACCCAAACAGUCAAGGAGCAAUCCCGCUUUACAACGGUAGCCAUGCCGCUAUGCCGAACCGUGGUGUAGUCGUCAACGGCCGCGGCGGACGUGAAGACUUCAACACCGGUCCAGGUGUGAAUCAACCUCCAGUAUACGAUGCACACGCUGGUUCGGCUCCAGCACAGGGUGACAGUAUAGCUCCUGUGGCUCCUACCUUUGGCGGGUUCAGUGAUUCGACAUACGGCAACAUCACACAGCAACCGGCAUCGUCCCGUGAGGAUGGCUGUAGACGAGGAUCUGACGUAAAUUCCAGCGCAGCUGAUCCACCCGUGGGUCAACCUCCGGCCUAUCGAAGGAACGCUACUGGCGAGUAUCCUCCCGAGAAACGGGGUUGGCACUAG